AUGGUGGUUUUCAUAUUGGUGGGAGAACUGGUCCAGGCGUUCAACAACAACCUUUGGACACUCUUCUUCAACAACAACUCUUCGCCCAACCCAGCAAAGGAUUUCCACCCUCUAUUGAACAGCCUGAAGACAAAGAUCAUUAAUAUCAUAGGUCAGGAGUUCCAGACACAUGGGCCAAUCAAGGUCAUCCUAGUGUUGGAGGCUACAUAUCAACACAGACACCUUGAUGAGGAGAACAUUGAGCAGGAAGAAGUGGAGUUUUACAAAACAGGGGGAGGCACUUUCAAAAAAAGCCUGGAUGAUGAAGGGGAGAGAUUUGUGGCAUUGAUGGAGCCAAAAUUCUUUCCCAUGAAAAACUAUGGUGAUAGUGACGAUGGUUAUCACCAAAAAGAAAUCGAGAUUAUUAGCAUGGAUGCUCAGGCAGCAACUAGUACAGAUGAGGUUCAAGAUACUGAAGCGUCAGUAGAGGUGAUUGAUAUUGGCGAGGAGGAAAUUAUAAUUCAGCCUUCCGUUACAGUGGAAAACAAUAAUCUUAAACGAAAAACUCAAAGUGAAGGUUUAGGAACAAAACAAAAGAAAAAAAGGUACAAAGAUUUGAAGGACUGCACGAGAGGGAAAGUUGACAUAAACAAACUCAAAAUUGAAAUGAUGAGGAAAAAACACGAGUUGGAACUACAGAUUUUAAAGAAAACUUUAGAAUUGGAAGAAAUAGAGGUUAAAAUAAAACAAAAAGCGUAUGAAAGAAUGUAAAUUAUGUUAAUGUUAAUUGAAUGGAUGGUUUGUGAAGUAGCUUAAAUUAUUCAGUUAUGGUAUGUUAUAUCAUUUUUUGUGUUUCUUGUAAGUAUUAUUA